AGUGUUGCUGUAGACGAAGGAACUUUGAUUAUUUAUUUUGCUCAGCUCGGCUCUGCUCGGAAAUACGUUUCAUAAUCAACAGUUCUCAAUUCAGUGUAAGGCGCCGCACGACGAAACACAGCAACUAUUACGUUUUUCGUAGAACAUCAAUCAAUAUUUGUUAUUAGCUAAAUUUGUUGUUGAAAGAAAAUCGUACAGCGGGGAGAGAGUCAAACGAAGUGACCGUGGAAGUCUACACAAUACACAAACACAUACAAACGAAUAUAGGAAAAUACGGUGCGCCCGCCCCUGCACUCACUAACUGCAUACCCCAACUGCCCCAACUGCCGCCCAGCUGCUGCCCAACGCUGACGAAUCACGAGCUCACAAUAAAAUAACGGAGAAAAAAAUAACACUUGUCGCUUGUUGCUCCAUUUCAUAUCGAGUGGUUCGUGUCUAGCAAUUAGUAACGACGCAGAAAGUGACCCGGAAGGGUGAGGAGGGUUAAGCAACUAUGGAUGAUACCACAGGCACAGCCACGCCGUCGCCGUCACCAGCGGCCACUACGGCCGCUGGCUACGAUGCUGCCCGAGACAAAACAAAUGAACCAGUUGCUGCUGCCGCUGCCGCCGCCGUCACAGCCAGCGGUAUUAGGCUCUUGAUUAAAUCGUCGAAUCAGCAAUACGACGAUGUGAAUAUUGAGAGUGAUUUGUGCUGGACUGUGCAGAGACUCAAGAAGCAGCUAUCCCUGGUGUAUCCCGGCAAGCCGGAAAUUAAUGACCAAAAGCUCAUCUAUUCGGGCAAACUGCUGGACGAUGCACAGAAGCUAUCCGAGGUCAUUCGCAGCUACAAGGAUGUCUACCAGCAGCAUCAUAUCUUUCAUUUGGUGUGCGCUAACAAAAAUGCAGCUGUCAAGGCGCCAUAUAAGACGACCACGCCUCCAAAGGCUGCUACGAGCACGGCACGCGUGGACACGACCAACAAUCCAAAUAACGGCAAUGAGCUAAGACAGCGUCAUGUGGCAGCCGCUGUCGCUGCUGCUGCUGCUGCUGCCACCCAGCAUCCUUAUCAGCAACCUAAUCUACAGCAGACACAAGAUCCGAAUCUCUGGUUCCAAUUACAUAAUCAGGCUUAUCAAAUGGCCAUGGGUCAGCAUGCAUCGACAUCGGCAGCUGCAGCGGCUCUGGGAGCAGGAGCAGCGUCCACGCCGUCAUCGACAUCGACAUCGACAGUCCCAAAUCCACAUUUGGCUUUCCAGCAGCAGCAGGCGCUGCUUUAUAAUGCCUGGGUCCAGCAGUGGUAUGCCAUGUACAUGCAACAAACGAUGCAACGCACCAGUAGCACAGGCAGCGUCAUUUCACCGGGAGCACUGCCACCGUUUAUGCAAACUAUGCCAGGGUUUCAUAACAAUAUGGGUGUGCCGCUUGUGGCACAUCAACCGGUGCCGGUGGCAGCGGGCACUGGAGCUGGACAGCCCAAUGAGGAGGCAGCUGCACGACGGGCAGCCCCACAGCCAGUCGAUGGUCCCAAUUUCCCCAAUAUACAGGAGGAGCCGGAGGUGCGCGAUUGGCUAGAUAGUUUCUUUAGCUUUACUCGGUUGGCCAUUUUUGUAACAGUUUUGUAUUUCAAUUCGUCGCCCAUGCGCUGUUUGAUGGUGGUGUUCAUUGCAAGCGUGAUUUAUCUCUAUCACAUUGGGGUGCUGCGGCGUCGUCGUGAACGGAACAACAACAACAUCAAUCGAAACAACAACGCUGGCAAUAAUGAUGCCGCCUUUGCGGCUGUGCAACAAAUUCAACGAAUGAUGGACGCUGCCGUUGAGCAAGACAAUAAUCCACAGGCAGCUGAUGCUGCGGCUGCCGCCGCUGAUCAACCGAAUGCAGCACCAGCGCCAGCUGCACCCGCCGCUGGACAAAAUGAUGCUGCGCAGCCAGCAGCCAGUGCUGCUGCUGGUGGGGAUCAAGCCACGGAUGCCGCUGCAGCUGCCGCUGAAGCCGUUGUCGUUGAGCCUGCGAAUGCCAAUACCUCUGUGAUUUCUAUUGUGCGCACCUUUGUCAUAACGUUCUUCACGUCGCUGUUGCCCGAGGCGCCGGCGUUGUAAAUUUGAACGUGAAUCUAUUAUAUGUGGCCUCUUGGAUAUUUCUUUCCAAUAUUUUCUUUUGUCACCCUACUCCCCAUAAUUUUCCCAACACAUUUAUAAAUGUUAUAAUUUAUGCAUACCUGAACUUUUGCAAUAUCUGUUUUUCUAGCUACGUAAUGAACUAUAUAUAUGUAUGUAUAUUUAUAAUAUGUCUGCGUGUGCAUGCGAAGCGCAAAAUGGGCUUGACCCAGCGUAUUCCGCCCAGCAGCCAGCCCCCCACUUUAUGCCCCAUGAUAUAGCCUUAGUGUUUUUUAUAGCGUUAAGAAAUAAAAUUUGUUUUUGAUGUGAGUGCUACGAAACUAGCUAAAUGGCAACUGAAACUAUGAAAUCGAUGAAUUACAA